AUGGAAACAAUUUUAUCGUCCAUUAAAAAAGAACUUCAAUUAAAUGAUGAUCAUAUAACAAAUAUUUAUAAUUUUGGUUCAUGGGUUUAUGGUACUAAUCAUGAAAAAUCAGAUCGUGAUUUUCUUAUUGUAAUGAAAAUUGAAAAUAGUAAGAAAAGUAAACGUUUAAAAUUUCGAAGAGAUUUUGAUUAUUUUCAUUCAUUUGAAUUAAAACGAUUAAAAAAUUGUGAUGUAACAAUUCAUACAUGUGAAAAUUUUGAAAUAUUAUUAGAAAAAAAUUAUAUGUUAGCUGUUGAAUGUUUAUUUUAUCCAAAUGAAUUUAUUUUAAGAAAUAAUAUUGAUUAUAAAACAAUAUAUUUAUCAAAAUAUUAUAAUCCAUUAAGAUUAAAACAAGUUAUAUUUUAUGAAAAUAAUGAUAGUUUUAAAUAUAUAAUUGAUAACGAUGACAAUGAUUCAAUUUGUUCUCAGUCAAAAUCUUAUACUAAUCCAACUAUUGAUCAAUUUUUAUGUGAUGCUAUUCAUACGACAACUAUCGAUGAAGAUCGACUAUUGAAAUAUUUAUUUCAUGGUUUAAGAUAUUUAGAUAUAGGUGAACAAUUAAUUCGAACAAAAUCAAUAGAUGAUUUUAAACGUGUAACAUAUGUACUAUAUGAAAUGAAAGAUAUAUAUAUAAAUAAUAAUAAAAAUAUUGAUUUUGUUAUUGAUUAUAUUAGAAUGAAAAGUGAUGAAUAUAAAACAAUAAUUAAUGAACUCGUACCAACAAAUAUUAUUGAUGAUACAUUUGAAGUUCAUAUUACUGUUGAAAAUUGUAAUAUGAAAGAGUUUUUAAAUAUCUGUAAAAUAAAUAAAUUAAAACCUAUUUUUCUUCAUUUAAUUAAUGGUAAUAAUAUCAAACAGUUAAUAACAUCAUUAUAUCAUGUUGGAACAUAUCCUAAUAUUAUUGAACAAAUUAAAACAUUAGCUGAUACAAAAUUUAGAAAUUUUAAUAUUAUAAGAUUAAAAAUCGAAUCAUUAGCAUGUAAGGAUGGUGUACCAGAAAAUGAUAUUGAUAAAUUAUUAUUUUGGAAUAAAAAAUCCAAUUAUUUUGAAUUUCGUUAUGAAAUAUUUGUAAAAUCGACAAUGGAAUUUAAAAAAUUGAAACAAUUAUGUUUAUAUAGAGAUUUGCAGUUAGCACAAAAUGUAUUCGAAAAAUCAUCAAUUGAUGAAAUGAAUUUUAUUGUUAUGAUGAGAUUAUUUAAUGUUGGUAGAAUAAAUGCAAUUAACAGAAAUGAUGAUUUCAUUCGAUAUUUGACGGAAAAUAAUUUUCUUCCAUCAAAAAUCGACAGGAAAUUUAUAGUUUAUGAUUCAAAUAUUGAUUUGGAUAAUAGAUCAACUCAUGUUAUAUCCAAUGUGUCAAGUUCAUGUUCAACUAUCUCCAGUAAUGGUCCUAAAUAUCGAAUCGGUUUUAAAAAUCGAAAAGUAUUUAGUCGAUCCACCGAUUGA